GCCCCCCCAUAAUUUCGGCUCAAGCUCCGCCACUGUUUGUCACUCCCUGUAGAUGGAAGACAUGGAGAGGAGGUUGCAGCAGGCGGUGGUGGCCUGUGCUGGUGGGCGGAAUUAGACCGGCCGCUAGUGUCUCACCUAUGCUCUGCUCGACGACGCAAUCAUGGAGUGGAUACCGCACCAGCCAGGUGUCUAGCCGGUGCAUGGAUUUUUUUGGCCUCGAGGCUGGGCUGAUGGUGACGCUGUAGGGCCACCAUUGACAGCGAUACUUGCAGGAGCAUUGGAUCGAGCUUGACUCUGAUUUCUUGUCGGCAUACUCCCCCAGCAUCACCUGCACCUACCCAAUCCAGUUUUUCCAGGUGCAGUUCUUAAUCCAUAAUUUUUAAAAUUGUUGCCUUUAUAACUGCACAAGUUUCGAGUUAUAGAAUUGUUUCUCAGAUGCUCAAACUUGAUAUGAUCAACUGUUGUAACUUCUGAAGGUUGUACUACGAUUUCACCCUUAACUUUUAACUGUGUUUCCAGUUCUGCGGUUCAAGAACGUUGACGGUACCAAUAUAUCACUGCUAUUUUGCUACUUACCACAUGAAGCUAGAUAAAAUGCACUCUUAUUUUGCUUCUCGCUGCUACAAACUGAACAGAUAUGUGUAUCAUCAUUUUCUAUAUCGACAUUACUGAAUAUUUGUCCAUAUUUUGUUUACAGAUAGAAUUUUACAGCCAUGUGAGCACACCUACAUGGUCGAUAAAUGUUGUUUAGUCAUCUACACAAGUUACUGAACUGGAAUGUUUUCCUGCAGCUAGCUCCUGCAAUCAUUAGCGAGAGGUAGGAAACAUCCAAGGCAAGGAUCCAUCUGCGCCCUCGAUGGUGCCUGCGACAAACAAUCAUGUCAUGUUGUAGGUGCAAAUUUCUUCUUACACUUACAGAUACAUGCGGAAGUUUAAAUGCAAUUGCUUUCUCUUCCAUUGCUUAAGACUUAGUCGAGCGCAGCGUUGCCAUCAAAAUAAGAAGAUAUACACUGGAAAUCAUGUGCUUGUCCUUGAUAAUGUUAUUGGUAAAACAAAAUUAUUUUGCACUAGAAUGAAAACAGGUAUAGCUUCCAAGUUCCUUAUCAGUCAUGUCAUCGGAAAAAGCUUCUCGAUUGGUGGCACAAAUCCACUUCAAUGCACCCUGCUAGAGGCAAGCAACGACAUGUUGACCCUUAAAACUUUCAGUCACAGGAAUAGCGAGAGGAUGGUUGCCAUACUUGGAAUUAAAGUUGCAGGAACUCCGAUACAAAAAGAACAAAAUGAGUUUUCUGAAGAUGCUAACAACAUCCUAGCAGCACUACAAACAACAUUAACGCAGAGGACAAGCGGAGUAAGAUCACUAGGAGAAGUAUAUAUGAAGGAUCCAAGGCAAUAUCAGGCUUUGCUACAGAGAAGAUACAUAUGCUUCGAUGCCUUCCAUGCCAGUUACCUAUAUGGUAUUGUACAUGUAUAUAAUAAUACACGGGUCACCACCUAUUGUAAUUGA